AUGGGCCCCCCACCCCAGCUGGUGGUGCAGCGGCUGCCAGUGACAGUGGCCGUGGUGAGCGGCCCAGUGACCUUCCCCAUGCAACCCCUAUCCCUCCAUCUGCUUCCUCCACCCCUCCGGUUUCACCCCCGCACCCUCGCCUCUCCCUCACAGCUGGUGGUGCAGCGGCUGCCAGUGACGGUGGCAGUGGUGGGCGGGCCAGUGGCGUUCCUCUCGGCGGGGCACAGGGGCCCUCAGCCGGUGAUGUUCAACCAGGGGCUGUAUGGGACGAUGGGGGAGCGGAGCCGCUCGCCAGCAGUAGGCUGGCUUUCCAUUGCUCUCGACACUCUAGUCCGCGCCUUCCCUCCCCGCCACCUCAAGCAGUGGAGCGUGCCCGGCCAAUCAGAGAGCGCCACAGUGGCGGAGCCCUAUUGGCUCAUCAACCUGGGUCUGCCACGUUGCAGCCUGGCCACGUGGGCGUCCUGUGAUGGAGCCACCAUCCUGCAGUCACUGCCUGAUGACGUGGACCUGGUGGUUGCUGAGCUGGCGUUAUCCGACCAGGGCGAACGCAAGGGGCAAGGCCCAGAGUCCUUCCUGCAGAUAGGAGGGGACGCAGGGGGAUUUGGAAGGAGUGAGGGCAGCAGCAGGAGCAGCGGUGGUGCUGGUGAAUUUCUUCUCCUUCUGCCGCGGCAACAGGGCAUGCAGAGAGGCAGAGCACCUGCUGCUGUGCUGGGGGGUGGCGGGUCGCUGCAAACCCCACCUCACAUGCGGCAAGGGGAGAAAGGGAACGAAGGAGGGUUGGACGGAGUAAAGGCAGCAGCGGGGGCGGCGGUGGUGAUGGUGGAUUUCUUCUCCUUCUGCCGCAGCAACCAGGCGUGCAGAGAGGCAGAGGUAUGUGGUGCGCAGUGGGAGCAGGCCGAAUGUGGGGAUGGCCGGGGCAAAGGGGCAGCGGUGGUGCGGGACCCUCCUCUCUCCUUCUCUGACGUCGGUCCGUUCUCCUUCGGCCUCCCGCCUCACCACCCCUCCUACCCCCACAUGGCGCCAGAGGUGGUAUCAGAUGACAACAUAACCGUGCUGGCUCAAUACUACAGCCUUCCAGUCCUGUCCACAAGAGACGCCUUCUUCACCCUCCUGGGCCAGCAGGCGCCAGGCUAUAAGUUGAAAGACAUAGCCACGACAGGCCUUUCCAACCUUCCACUGCACGUUGAGCCAGACUCCCCCACCUCCGCCAUUCCUGCCGCUGCCAUUCCUCCUGACACCGCCGAUGAUUCUUACGGCACUGCUGGUGGUGCUGGUAGCAGCUCCGUUGACUCAGUUGACUCCAUUGACCCGGUUGACCCGCAUGCCUUGUCUGGAGCCUUGCCCACGGCCCUGCAAGUGAGGACCAAGUACGCUGACGUCAUCACUGCCCUCUUCCACUCCGCGCUCACAGGUCUUAUCGACCGGUUGACAGAGGUCAACGCUGACAACGACACCCAGUCCCUCCUGCCCUUCUUGCUGCGCCCCCCACCACCCUUCUUCUCUCGCUGGCUGCACUCCACUGCCGCGUCGGCCUUCCUCCGCCCUGCCCUCCCCCACGCCUGCUUCUCCUUCCGCUCUGGUGCCGUCGCCCCGCCUGUUCUUGGCCUUCAAGGGUUCGCUCUGCAUGGCCUUGGGUCGUCGCUGGGGGUUCGACCAGGUCUGGUGGCUCAGAAUGAUGAUUCAUGGGUGGAAUUCAUACUCAACACAUCCAUCCCCCUUACAGUAAGCCCCGAUACAAGCAACUCGCAGCCCAUCCAGCUCACAACAAUUCCCACCGUCGUUGAAGUAUCCUACCUUGCGCACGCAAACGGUUCUUCAAUUUUUGGCAAGCUACAGUGCGUGGAGAAUUGCAAGUGUACUGGCGUGGUGGUAACCGCACUCAGCGCGUCACCCGUCCCUGUGAAAGAGUCGCGGUUAUUACUGGUGUCUCGCAGCAAUGCGUGUGUGAUGAGGGUGCAGGGCAGCAGGGGUUUCCAUGUGCUGGGGGUUACUGUGCACUCUGUGAUGCAGCAGCAGCAGGACCAAACCACUCAUGCCAUGCGACAAACUAUGUGA